ACCAGUCGUGUCGUCUGUGUUGUCCGAAAGUCAGGGUUGAGCAACAUGCUAUGUGGAUAGAGAGUGUCUCAUCCUGCAUGAGAAUCCAGCAGGAAUGGGGCCAAGGGAUGUGUUCUCCUGAGGGUGAAUCACAGCUAUCAGCCUUCCCAUGUGAUGAUGAAAGGGAGGAAUGGCAGGUGACAGCGACACCUACAUCCCUAGGAGAGCCUGGAGGUUCACAAAGGACAGCAAUGCACUGGGCACAGUGUGUUAAUGGAUCGGGGGGUGACCUGCCUGCAAGUGGCACCUCGCAUCAAGUGCCCAGUCAGGAGCAGCACGAGGGGUGGGAUGCAUACAGACCCAAGCCACUCUGGAGACCAUGGCUGCCCCAGGAGGAAUUCAUGACCAGGCAGCAGAGGGAACAGAUGGACACUGUUCAUCCCCUCGAUGCUGCAGGAGACCACAGCACUGACAAAGCGCUAGCACUGUUCCGCCAUCCGGUCAGGCUUCUGUGGCCCAAAUCCAGGUGCUUUGACUAUCUGUACAGUGUGGCGGAGAAGCUGCUGGAGAACUUCCCGGUGCAGGCCACGCUGUGCCUCUAUGAUGACUCAGACAGCGAGGGGGAUGAGACCGAAGAUGACGAUGAAGAUGGCGAUGAAGGGAACGAAGGCGAGGCCGGAGGCGCUGUGCCCGCGCUAGGGGCAGGCUCCCCGCGGCCGGCCUGAACGCAGCACACGUGGCACGGGCAUGGAGGAUG